UCCAAAAACGCUCUCAGCAUUGAAAAUAAAAAAUAAAAAUUAGCCUCUUUCUCUCCGCCUCCGUCCUCUCAUUCUUUGAUCUAUCUCACAAUCUCAUCGAUAUCGAUCGCUCGAUCAAAACCCAUCAGUUUCAAUUGCUCAAUUUUGGAAUUUGGAUUCUUAACUCUCUGAUUUCAAAAUCAAUCUAAGAUUCUUUGUGUAAAUGGCUACAAUGGUUGCUAGAGGAAGUAGUCCAUUAGCUUCCUCAGUCUCGGUUCAGGAAAAGGGAAGUAGAAACAAGAGAAAAUUUCGCGCUGAUCCUCCGAUCAAUGACCCAAAUUUUCUCUCAUCUUUACAAUCUGAUAACCCUAACUAUGAGCUGUUCCCAAUGGGCAAAACCUCUGAAACAGGAACUUUUGAUCACCAACAGGGUUAUUGUGAUUGUUGUAGAAACCGUGCUCUCACAUUCGAAGAGAUUGAAGAGCAGUACCAAGAAGCUGAAUGGAUUGAUGGAGCUGAGGCUCAGCUCGAGGAAACGGUGUUAAGUAACCUAGACAUGAUAUUUAAGACUGCGAUUAAAAUAAUUAUGACUUAUGGUUACACUGAGGACAUUGCAACGAAUGCUGUGUUGCGUGCCGGUCUUUGUUAUGGUUGUAAAGAUACGGUGUCAAAUGUCGUUGACAAUGCAAUGGCGUAUUUGAGGAGCUCACCGGAUGUUGAUUCUUCUUCGAGGGAGAAUCCUUCGGAGGAGUUGAAGAUGAUGGAGAGGAAUGUGUUGAAUGAAAUGGUUCAUGUUGUUAGGGAUUUCCGGCCUUAUUAUAGUAGGGGAGAUGCUUUGUGGAGGUUGCUUUGCAAUGAUAUGAAUGUUACUCUUGCAUGUACUAUGGAUAGCAAUCCUUUGCCUAGUAUAGGGAGUGAACAAACUUCAGCUAGUUCUAUUGCCCCUCAUGUGCAACAAGAGUCUAAUGAAUUGAAUGCUCCAAGUCCUAAUAAACCGAGUCUUGUGUUUCCGUAUCCUCAAAACUCGUCAGAAGCCGAGAUGCCACCUGUAGUAGGGAUCCCGAGCUUACCUUGCGGGAGAUUCUCAGCAUCGAUCAAUGUUCAAGGUCAGGUUUCUGCUCUUGCUUCGGCUAAAGAAAAUGCAAUUGCUUCAUUGGAUUGUGUAAUAGAGGAGACAUCAGCUUUAUAUUUAUCUCAACCUUCUGGUUCCGAAGGAAAGUCGACUAGUGGUAGGAAAAGCCAUUUGGGUAGUUCGAAGAGGGAUUCAAUACUUCGUCAGAAAGCACUUCAUUUUGAGAAGAACUAUCGCAUGUUUGGGUCUAAAUCAGCUAUAAGAGCAGGAAAAAACCACAAUGGCUUGGGUGGUUUGCUUUUGGAUAAGAAAAACAAGGCAAUCUCUGAUUCCAAUGCCAAGAAGAACACAGUAAUGAAGCUUAACAAAGCGGUUGGGAGUGAUUCACCUAAAGCUGAUCCAACUCCUCUUAAUCUCUCAUUUAAGGAGGCGACUCCGAAAACUCCCGUACCGGCUGCAAGCACUGAACUCUCUUUGUCUCUGCCUUCUAUGAGUAGCAGCAGUGGCAGUAGUGUAAAAAGCAGUGUUUUUGAAACUGGCUUUUCUUAUGCAAAUUGGGAUCCUGAGAUGGAUGACAUGCUACAAAAGUUAGAUCGUCGUGAAAGAGAAUUGCAAGAUCAGCUGCAAGAAUGGUCGGAUUGGGCUCAUCAGAAGGUGAUGCAGGCUACUCGCCGAUUGAGCAAAGACAAACCUGAGUUACAAAGUCUAAGACAGGAGAAAGAGGAAGUUGCUCGUCUCAAGAAAGAGAAGCAAACUUUAGAGGAGAACACUAGAAAGAAGCUUGCAGAGAUGGAGAUUGCAUUGUCUAAGGCUAGUGCUCAGGUGGAAAAGGCUAAUGCCGAUGCUAGGAGACUUGAACGGGAGAAUUCUGAGCUGAGGAAGGAGAUGGAGGCUGCGAAGGUUCGGGCUGCUGAGUCAGCAGCCAGUUGUCGAGAAGUUUUGGAAAGGGAGGCGACGAACCUUAAAAAGAUCCAAUCUUGGGAGAAGCAGAAAGGGCAACUUCAUGAGGAGCUUGCGAUUGAGAAGAAGAAGUUCUCUCAACUUCGGCAGCAGCUUGGACAAGCUAAGGAGCAGUAUGAUCAAGUCGAGGCUAGGUGGAAGCAUGAAGAAAAAGCAAAGGAAGAAGCACUUAUUCUCCGCAACAAUCGAAGAAAAGAACGUGAACAGAUCGAGGUCUCAGGACGAGCAAAGGAAAACGAGAUGCGAAUAAGAGCAGAAACCGACUUACAAAGGCACAAAGAAAAUAUCAAGAAGCUCGAGCAGCAGAUCUCGCAACUGAGGCAGAGGGUCGACUCCUCAAAGAUCGCUGCUCUCAAAUGGGGCCCAGAUGGAAGCUACGCAUCUCGCCUCUCGGACCCACGAAAGGAAAGCAAAGGCGGUAGUUUUCCCAAAUUCUCGGAGUUUGAAGAUUCCGAAGAAGUGCAAAGAGAUCGAGAGUGUGUUAUGUGCUUGACCGAUGAGAUGUCGGUGGUUUUCCUCCCUUGUGCGCAUCAAGUCGUUUGCAAGAAAUGCAACGAGUUGCAUGAGAAGCAAGGGAUGAAGGAUUGCCCUUCAUGCAGGACUCUCAUUGAGAAGCGAAUUUGUGUUCGCUCUGCAUAAAUUUAGGUUUUUUAUAUAUAGUUUUGGACUCAAUUUGAGUUACAGUAUUUUCAGAAUAAUGUUUUCCUGGCGUUUGGAAGUGAAUAAUGCCAACUCUAAACAUUUUCUGUCUGGGUUUAAAUAGUUGAAGUUUACAAUGGACUUGGGAGGGGUUAUAAGUGUAUACAUACAGUUUGGCUUCUGUGUUGUGAUGACAUGAGGACUUAAAUGAGUUCUAUA